AUGCGGCCCCUCCGCGCUCCCCUCGCCCUGCUCUGCCAGGUGCUGGGCGCGUGGGCUGCCUGCGCCCUGGCCCCGGACCCCGUCGCGGCGCCUGGCCCUCCGGCGCCCCCGCAGCGCGCCCGCUCGCCGCCGGCCGCGACGCCCCUGGCCCCGGGCCGGCGGACGGCCGCGACGCUCCUCGGGCGCGGAGCCCUCCCUCGCGGGGCCGACGCCGCACCCGGCGGAGCGGCGGGGCCGGGCGGCAGCUGCGCGCCCCGCGGGACGGCGGGGACCGGGCGACGGCGGGCGCGGAGCAGCGAGCCCGGAGCCGGCGCGGCGGCGGGGCGGGGCGGGACGGGCGGGCCCCGCUGGCUGCCCCUGAACGCCUCGGCCGGCGGCGAGGGCAGCGCCGGGGGCCGCGGGAACGCCACGGGGCGCCGCGCCCGGCUCCGCAACCCCUUCUACCCGCUGACCGAGGAGUCGUACGGCGCCUACGCCGUCAUGUGCCUCUCCGUGGUGAUCUUCGGCAUCGGCAUCAUGGGCAACAUGGCAGUGAUGUGCAUCGUCUGCCACAACUACUACAUGCGGAGCAUCUCCAACUCCCUGCUGGCCAACCUGGCCUUCUGGGACUUCCUCAUCGUCUUCUUCUGCCUGCCGCUGGUUAUCUUCCAGGAGCUCACCAAAAAGUGGCUUCUAGAAGACUUCUCCUGCAAAAUCGUCCCGUACAUCGAGGUGGCCUCUCUGGGAGUCACCACGUUCACGCUGUGUGCUCUCUGCAUUGACCGGUUUCGUGCCGCCACCAACGUGCAGAUGUAUUACGAGAUGAUCGAGAACUGCGCCUCGACGACGGCCAAGCUGGCGGUCAUCUGGGUGGGCGCCCUGCUGCUGGCCCUGCCCGAGGUGGUGCUGCGCCAGCUGGCCAGGGACGACCCCGAGUACGGCGGCGGCCCCGCAGGCGAGCGCUGCGUGGUGAAGAUCUCCACGGCGCUGCCCGACACCAUCUACGUGCUGGCUCUCACCUACGAUGGGGCACGGCUCUGGUGGUACUUCGGCUGCUAUUUUUGUUUGCCUACCCUGUUCACUAUUACCUGUUCCCUGGUGACAGCGAGGAAAAUCAGGAGGGCAGAAAAAGCCUGCACAAGGGGGAACAAGCGGCAGAUUCAGCUGGAAAGUCAGAUGAACUGCACAGUGGUGGCUUUGACCAUUUUGUAUGGAUUUUGCAUCAUUCCUGAAAACAUUUGCAACAUUGUGACUGCCUACAUGUCCACAGGAGUCUCUCGACAGACUAUGGACCUCCUCCAUCUCAUUAGUCAGUUCCUUUUGUUCUUUAAGUCCUGUGUUACCCCAGUUCUCCUGUUCUGUCUCUGUAAACCUUUCAGCCGGGCCUUUAUGGAGUGUUGCUGUUGCUGCUGUGAUGAAUGCAUCCAGAAGUCUUCCACAGUGACGAGUGAUGACAAUGACAACGAGUACACCACAGAACUGGAGCUCUCCCCGUUCAGUACCAUCCGUCGUGAAAUGUCGACUUUUGCUUCUGUGGGGACUCACUGUUAAUUGACCUUAGGACUUUAUUUCCUGUAUCGUUUUCCUUUUUCUUUUUUUUACUUCAUGUUUUUCUUCUUGAAGCAAAAUGCAGGAAAAAAAAAUCACUGUUAAAAACCACUCUUGAAACCAAUCUGUAUUAACCGUCAUGCUUUGGAAAAUAAUUUGUUUGGUUAUUAAAAGGAAAGAAAGAGAGAGAAGGAGAGCCAGCACUCAGUUUUAAAUCGCGAGAUUUUGUAUGGUGCUAGGAUUUCAUUGAUUGAGGAGGAAGAUCCAUAUCAAUCCACUUUUUAAAAUUCUGUAGUAUUUUUUUUUUUAUAUAAUACUGUAAAAUGAUUAUAUAGACAUUGUGGGCUUUGCAAGGUGUUUUCAUGUAAAAGACGUGGUGGAAAGUAUUUGAAGGUAGUUUUAAUCCAAUUACUGUACACUAAUUUGGGCUUCAGAAAAUUUAUAAAGUAGUGUAAAAAUAAAUGAGGUUUUAUUCUUUAACUUGGUUGUCAAUCUGCAUUUAACAAAGAUACCUAUGAGUAGUAUUAAAUUCCUUUAAUAAGUUAAAAAAAAUCUUUGCAUAUCAUAAUUUAGGUGGCCAUAUUUAAUUAAUAUUUGGGUACUUACACUUGGAGGAUAUAAUUAGAGUGUUUAAGGAAGAUGGUUAUAAUGGUACUAGAUUUAUAGGAGUGGGCUUUUUUAAUGUUAUAUUAUGAUGGUUCAAUGUGCCUCAUUUAAAGUUUUCUUCUUAACCUGCAGGUAUACAAAAUCUUGAGUUAUUUUAUACUUAUUACAAAGAAACAUUCACUUUAUCACUGAAUUUUAUCUCGUGCGGUUUCCAAAUCAAGAUUCUUUCCAGUACACUGUUGGUUUUACAUUCAGUUUAUGUCCUCCAUCCCUGUAUAUAUAGCUCCUACUGGCUUCAAUGAGAAUCUCAUUGCAGAGAAAGGCUUUUUUUUUUUUUUUGCCAGAGAUUUGCUGACAAUAAAUGUGAGGGACUGAAACAUGUGGAGAGUGAAUUCCUUCUUUUUUAAAAGGUAUAAACACACUUGAACACUUGGGGCUUGACCCAGAGCCCAUGGUAGUCAAUGGAGAGGUUUCCAUCAAUUUCAGAGAGCUUUGAAUCAGGCUGGCAUCUCCCAUUUGUUCUGGGAUAUGUAGCAUGAAUAUUAAUCACAGGGGCUCUGUAUGCUCGUUCAGAAUCAUGCUGCUCUCACAGAGACCGCUAUUCACAGCAGCUCACAGCUCUGGAGCCGGUUUUGAGAGCCACUGUGUGUUUUGCUGAUGGCUUCUUGCUGUCUGCAGAGUUGUUAAAAUGAGGGCAUGUCAACACUGCCAGCAACAGUAUGAUAUAGUAAAAUCUAAAGUUGUUAUAAGCAAGCCAGGUUGGAGACUGGAAAGUGCCUAUCCUUACCAGCAGAGCUUAUUUCCCCACUCUUGGCUGAAGCAGACAUUCUGUUCUUGGCAGGCAAGCCGGCUCAUAUUUAUACUGGGCAGCAGGCUGAAGUGUAGACACAUGCUGAGGAACUGAAUUUUUUAUAGAUAGCUUGUAUUUUAAUGCUAAUUGAAUAAAUAAUGCAGCUGUAUUGAGCAGAAGGAAAAUCUCAUGCAUUCAUGCUUUGAAAUUAA